CGGGCAGGAUGCCAGCCUUCUCCCUUGUCUCUGUGUGUGGAUCAUAACUUCCCUGGACAAUUCUGCCACCAGUGAGGCGAUCGGGCAUCUCGGAGGCAUGGCUGCAACCCACGAGUGGGACCUUCCAGACUUGGCCCUUCUCUGGCAGUGGCUGUUGAAGAAGCAGAAGGCCAGCACUCUCCUUCAUGGCUUCCAGCUCUUCCUGGAGGAUUCUCCUUUGCUGAUCAUGCUGGAAGUGUAUGAAUUGUGCAUGGACUACAAAAAUUACAGCCAAGCCAAGAUCAAACUGCUCACGUUCCAAGAGAGUCUUUCAAAACUUGAAGCUCAGUGUGAGAGGUGGCCGCCCGUCCUCCCGGGGCCCUGGCUGGAGACGCAGGCUUCCUUCCUUCUCGACCUGAUGCUGCACCAGUGCAGAACAGAGUACGAAUUCGGGAAACUCCUCGAGCUGCUUGCAGAGGCAGGAGCUGCUCUUCUCCAUGGACCAGAUCUGAAGAAGCUCAGUGCCCUCCGCACCGUCCUGAAAGAUUCGCCCGUCUCCAUCAGCCGGGCUCUGCUGAGCGACUACAGCCUGGAGAAGUUUCAGGAGGAGUGCCGGAGGAUCCUGGAGCGGCUGCAGGAGAGCAGCUCCUUUUCUGUGGCUCGCCGGGUCGCAGAGCUGGCAGCACUGCCUGUAGACAAUGUGGUCAUCCAGGAGGCGCUCCAGAACCUCCUCCUCUUGAAACAGGCUGGCCACUGGACUCAAAAAGAGACCAGAGUUGAGUUCUGGAAAAAGUGUCACGAGAACUACGUGCAAAAUGCCAUCUCGAAUCGAGCUGCUUCCGGCUUCUUCUCCGCUCAGGCCGAAUUGGUCUGGGAGGAUGAGGGGGCACCCAGCAGCAUCUUAGAGAGGCAGCUCCUGCUUACUUUGGCUGGACACUGGCUGGUCAGAAGCGACCCGGUCCCUGUUGAUGACCUGGAAAAGAUAGAGAGGGAGAUUUGGCGUUGCCGCAUCACGCGACAAACUUUCAGCCCAGGCCCAGGGCAGGUCGAGCGCAGAGGUUCUCGCCAGAUUUCCACCGGUCGUGAGCUGUCCUUUGACUCCCUGGCCAAGGCCUUCUGCUUCUCUAAGGUGGCCGCUUUAAACAUCCCCAAGUACCUGGAGCUGAGAGGUUUCCCUUCCCAGGAUGCAGCCCCAGCGACGCUUUCCGAGGCGGAAGUGGCAUCCCUGGGUUUGCUGAUUGGAUGCCUUCUGGACGAGGGGAGUGUGCACGAAGCGGCCCGGGUUUGCCGCUACUUCAGCUUCUACAGCCGAGAUGUCGCGCUGAUCUUGCAUUGCAGAAUGCUGGCCUUGGGGGAGGAUGCCCAGGGCUGCUUCUUUCACCCAGAGAUCCAGGCCCUCCUGGCAGCUGAGGACAGCCAGAGGCCUAGAGAAGCGGGGCCCGGAAAGAAGCGGCUGAAGAGUUCCACAAGCCUCGAUUCCUGGUCCUCCGUGGGGAGCUCCUCUCCGGAUGGCGGAGUUGUCGGCAGCCUGCAGGCUUUAGUUGCGGAAUGUGUGCAUGGUCGGAAUUACUGUCGACAGACCCUCUACCUUUACGAACUCUCCAAAGAGCUGGGCUGCUCCUUCAGUGAGAUCGCCGCCCAUGAUUCGGAGAAGCUGCUUCGGGCGAUCCUCUCCUCACAGCAGCCAGAGUGGUACAAGAGGGCCCAGGCCUUCAUCACCAACCAGGGCCUGGAGCCAGAGGCUGUGGCUGAGCUGGUGGCCGAGGAAGUCACACGCCAGCUGCUGGCGCCUUCGGAAGGAAGGCUGAAGCAGAGCCCGGCCCUGAAUCCUGCAGAGGAGAGCCAGAGGUUCCUGCAGCUGGCCAAGCUUUGCCAGGACCGCACGCUUGUUGGCAUGAAGCUGCUGGACAAGGUUUCCUCCGUGCCACACGGGGAGCUCGCCUGUAGUAAGUCCGCGGGGGGAUAGAAAACGGGCCCGUGUGGGGUUGGGAUUCAAGGUGUGUGAGGACUUCUGAACCUCAGGCUGAAAUCCAAAAUAUGUACCAAUCCAAAAGGUCUCCUGAGGAUCUAUUGGCCAGAGGAAUCUGGACCUCC